AUGAUGAUCAUCCUGGCUCUCAUCAGCAUCGGUAAAGGUUCCGGGGACGGCCACCCUCCGGUCGCCUCCUUAUCCGGGGUCCCCAACCUGUUUGGCGUGUGCGUGUACUCGUUCAUGUGCCAGCACUCCCUGCCCUCCCUCAUCACCCCCAUCUCCAACAAGAACCACGUGGGCUCCUUCGUCCUGGCCGACUACUCCCUCAUCCUGGGCUUCUACGUGCUGCUCUCCUUCACCGCCAUCUUCUGCUUCGACAGCUCCCUGCUCCACGCCAUGUACACGCUCAACUUCACCGACAACUGCCAUGUCCUGGACGUCCCAUUUCUGCGGUACUUCCUCGGGCUCUUUCCGGUCUUCACCAUCAGCACCAACUUCCCGAUCAUCGCCGUGACGCUGCGGAACAACUGGAAGACUCUUUUCCACAGAGAGGGCGGGACGUACCCGUGGGUCGUGGACCGCGUGGUGUUCCCGCUGAUCACGAUCGUCCCGCCGGUGGUCGUGGCGUUUUGUACGAAUAAUCUGGAGUCGCUGGUGGGAAUAACGGGAGCGUACGCCGGGACCGGGAUCCAGUACGUCAUCCCGGCGUGUUUGGUGUUCUUCUCGCGGAGACAUCUGGAGCCGGUGGUGGGGAGGGACGCCGUGAACAAGCACCGGUCGCCGUUUAGACACGUGUGCUGGGUUUACUUCGUCUGGGUCUGGGCCGCGUCCUGCCUCAUGUUCGUGACGGCGAAUAUCAUUCUCACCGAGACCAAGACGUAA